AGAAGUGGUGCCAACUCAACCUUAUCCACCAACUCACCAAGAAUUAGGUCAAUUAGACCGUUUGAUGUAUAAACUAGUUAUAGCCAAUGGUAGGUCUCAUAGUGCAAGACACAGUCCUUCUUCGUAUCUAAUUGAGAAAUGUGUUUUAACAGUAUAUCUAGGAACUGUGACAGAUACUGAACUCAGUGCGGGAAGAGAAUACUCUCACUCGCUUGUGACAACACGCGCAAAUGCAUCGGUCCUGGCGGGUACCAACACCACUACAACAGGAGCUCCAGAAUGGUUCAUUCAGGCUUUCUCAAAUGGAGGUAUUGCUGACCAAGCCAUAACCAAUGCCAUCAACAAUGCUUGUGCACCAAAUGGCGCGAUAGAUCAAGCCAUAACCAAUGGAAUCAACAAUGCUUGCACCAAAUGGCGCCAUAUAUCAAGCUAUAUUGUCAAACAAGUAUGGCAAGAACCAAUAAUGGCAACGCGUCUCGCGACGCUGAUGAAUUUCGGGAAUUCCCCAAUAUGGAUGUCUUCUCCGUCACUACAACCAAGUAAUGUACAACAGGCAAGGCAGGAC